GUGCAACACAGGAUCUGGAAAAGGAAUUCAAGAAAACAAAUUUUAAAAAUAUGUUUUUUGAAAUUGGUUUGCAGGAGGCGACCUCGGAUAAGUUUUCAAAUUUAACAACACUAUCUGCAUAUUAUAACGUGUUGGCGUACGACCAGACCCGUGUCAAGAUCCAACUGGACAGACGAGAUAUUUACAUAAACGCAAACCAUGUUAGGAUUCCAGAUUCAGGCAGAGAAUAUAUUCUUACUCAAGGUCCCCUGGAGCAAACGGUUGAUCAUUUCUGGUUGAUGUGCCAUCAGCAUAAAACGACCUGUAUCGUUAUGCUCUGUCGAUGUUAUGAAAAUUCAAGAGAGAAGUCGGCUAAGUAUUGGCCAACCGAGGUAGGAGAAACUUUCAGGUAAACAUUUGUUUUAUAAAUUUUU